AUGCAGGAAACGGCUUUUGAGCGAGCCAGAUGGAAACGAUGCAUUGCUACCGCAUGGGCUGCUGCAGCUCUGGAGGCAUAUGCUGCGCCAGUUCACUCGGGUGCUUCCGCAGCUUCAACCGAGACACCGUCAUUUGUUGGAACAGACGCACCAGGACCAAGAACAGCAACUACCGCCACUGUUGUUGCAUCCAAAGGCUUUUCAGCCAUGAAAGCAAAUAGAACAGCUGCUGCCCUUCGGGCUGGUGCAGCAGCAGCAGAGUUACGCUGUGCUUCAAUUUCCCUGCGGACGCAGCGCCCUCAACACAAGCAGCAAUUGCAUCUACCCCUUUCACCAGGCAGCUCCGGCAAGAGAAAAGCAGCAGACUCUCUGCUGCAGAGGCAUCCAGAAAAGCAAGAGUCGCUGCACAAGGGGCGUCUCUCUGGACAGGUCCAUCAGAAACAUAAGCACCAGCCGCACCAGGUGCACCUACAAAACAAGCAGCAACAAAAUGGGCAACAAACGCAGCCUUUGAGGCCUUCAGACACCGGCGCGAAGGCUUUCAAUGUCAUAGAACCGCUUCGUUUGCAUCCGUCGACGCCUGAACACGUUGCACAAAGAGUGCGCCUUUUAACAGCCUCUUCACGAGGUCCCCCAGGAACACCCCCAGCCACGCUUCCUGUAGAUGAAGGGGAAUGGACAAAAAGCCUGCAAUUGCUCGAGGAAGCUUGGGAAACCUCAGCUGCACCCUUUGAGAUAUACAGGCAGCUGGAGGUUGAGCCGGACGCAAAUGCAGUACAAAUACGAAAAUCUAAGACAUGUCGCCAGCUCUACGACUUGCACUGUACAGCAGCUGCACGCGGCGCUGGCAGCAACGUUGGUGACAGCAAUAGAUGCGAAAAUUGCGCAGGCAAGGCCUCUCCUGUUAGAUAUGCCUUAGUCGCUGCUGCUGCUGAAUCGCGCUUUUUCGCGGUGUCUGGACUGCGUUGCAUGCAAACAGAUACUGACGCCGCUGCAUCUGCUGCGGCCAAAGGGCAGCAGCAGCAGCAGCAGCAGCAGCAGCACGAGCAGCAGCAGCAGUAGCAGCAGCAGAAAAGACAACAUCAGGAGAAACGCCCCUCCGCUCAACAGACGGCCUGGGUGUUGCUGGUUGCCCAGGCCCUGCUGCAGCAGAAGCAGAGUCGACAAACGCAGCAUGAGCAACAGCAUGAAAGCCAGCAGCACUCUCAACACCAAGCGCAGACUGAACAGGAUAGGCUAGUUCUUAACGUUGAAACGCCGCUGCCUAGCUAUGCCUCCAUAGGGACAAGCUCCGCAGGCCCUUCAGCUUCUGCGGAGCCGCGAGUGAUGGAUUCUGGAAUUCCCCAAGGAUCUCACUCAUUUCUUCCGAAUACGGCUAAAAGGGCAAGAUUAAAAACUGCACGGUUGAGGGUUGUUCUGGGUGUUGCACGGUCGAGCAAAGGGGUUCUUCAGUGGCAAAUGCCCCUUCUGAAGCCUCUAAAGGCUGGAGGGCCCUAUAGAAUGCCGGUUUGUUGGCUCUAUCCCGCCGGCCUUCUUCUCACCGUUCAGCUGCCUUCAUGCGUUGCUGCUUGUUUCUUUAAGCCAAAAAGGUUCUUUGUCAUGACUCAUGCUGCUGCGGUUGCUGUGGCUGCUACACUGGAGACGGAUGCAUAUGCUGUUAUCCCUAGUGCAUUACGCUCUGGCACAGUCUUUCUCCUGCUUUUCUGCUGA